GGAACAUUCUCUCAUUCUUCACUCAUUGACAACAGUUAAAAAUGCCAAAAUUCGUACCGCGCCAGAGGAAACAUAAGGUUCUUGCGCGCGAGAAAGCGCGACAAAACGGCGUUCAAGAUGGAGGGGACGCAUCUCCACAGAUGGACAGCAAUGCGCUGGAAAUUCUUCCAGACGCUCAGAAAGCAGAACGGGAAGCCAAGAGAGCUAAGCUGAGAGAUGAACUGAAGGGUGAAGUCAAGGUUAGCGGCAAGAAGGCUAAGCGACUUGAGAAAUAUAUCGACAACAAGCUCAAAAAGGACGAGAAUCGGGUUUUGCUAGCCGAGUUAGCCAAGAAUAAGAUAGACACAAGCUUAUUCUCGAGUACUCGGACUCUCGGCCAAGGAAAAGAAACGAAGCGCCAGGCACUUAGUCGCGCCUUGAGAGAACGAAGAGCAGGUAUCAGUCAGGACAGUGAUGACAUCCUCUUUGAAACCAAGGAUGUUGAGGAUUUAGAUGAUGACGCUGAAGCCGACUCCGAAGCCGACUCGAAAACCACUCGUUCUAAGGGCCAAGAAAGCAAGUUUUCUCAAAAUGCUACGUUGACAGCCAAUGAUAUUUCUGCCAGCGAUGCUAAAAUUGAGUUACCACAAAAGCCAGUGGUGACUGUUGGCUCUGGACUGAAACGACCUCUGGAAUUAGAUGACGAGGGGCGGCCAGUUAUACAAAAGAGACAGAAACGUGGUGGCGUAAAGUCGAAAGUGCAUGCGAAGCCACAAAUCAUAUUGCCUGAGAUAUCACCCGAUACUAACGGAGAACGCAUGGAUGAGGAUGAUACUAGUGAUGAUGAGUGGAACGGGUUUAGCUCCGACGCAUCUGCUCGCGAAUCAGCCGAGUCCCAGAGUGCUUCGGAGGAUGAGUCUGAUGAAGGGGAAUCUACAGAUCAAGAGUCGAGUUCCGAUGACGAAACGUCCGAAGAGGAGGAAGACGACUCAAAGAGGAAAGAGAGGUCUUCAGCGUUCAAAUCCUGGGCUCACGAACAACGCAAUGCGGCCCUUGGAUAUCAGCCGGUCGACAGUAAUAGUUCAGUCUUAAAUAUUCCGGUCCCCAAGGAUUUUAAACCACGGCCAUUGGAGCAAGACCCAUUACCCCUGGAGUUACUGCCGACAAAGGACAGUGGGAGAAAGGCAUUUAGUGUCCCAGUCCAGAGGACGCCUGAGAUACAAGAGGCGCGGCUUAAGCUACCAGUUGUAGCUGAGGAGCAGAAGAUCAUGGAAGCUAUUCAUAACAACAAUGUCGUGGUAAUUUGUGGUGCCACUGGAUCAGGAAAGACGACACAAGUGCCCCAGUUCCUGUUCGAAGCUGGAUAUGGCUCACCUAAUUCACCUACACCGGGCAUGAUUGGAGUAACACAACCACGAAAGGUCGCUGCAGUUAGUAUGUCAAAGAGGGUUGGGCAAGAACUGGGUGAUCGAUCAGAUGCUGUGGCAUACCAGAUUCGAUUCGAGGGCACAGUUGAUGACAAAACAUCUGUUAAAUUCAUGACCGAUGGUGUACUUCUUCGUGAAGUCGCCAACGAUAUUUCCCUUCGAAAAUAUUCCGCCAUUAUUAUCGACGAGGCUCACGAGAGGAGUGUCAACACGGAUAUUCUUGUUGGGAUGCUUAGCCGAGUCGUAAAGUUACGAGAGGAGAUGUCUAACGAAGAUCCCAAAUUAGCCCCCCUGAAACUAAUUAUUAUGUCCGCUACCUUGCGAGUUGAUGAUUUCAUAAAAAACAAAACGUUAUUCCCAACUCCACCACCGGUUCUUAACGUUGAGGGCCGUCAACAUCCAGUUACUAUGCACUUUGCUCGGCAGACUCACCACGAUUACGUUGACGAAGCUUUCAAGAAGAUUAUGAGAGGACAUCGUAAGCUCCCACCAGGUAGCUUUCUUGUCUUUCUCACCGGACAUGAUGAAAUACAAAGGCUAAGCAAAAGGCUCAAACUUGCGACCGGUGCCAUGAAUCCCGCUGUAUAUCCAAAGGUUCGAAUAUCCGCUAACGACGCACCUUUGGAAGUUGAAGAUAUCGAUUUUGGAGAGACUAAUGAUGUUGGGAACGAUGAUUAUGAUUUGCCAUUUAUUGAUGAGGAAGAGGAAGAUGCUGAGGACGAUGCCGAAUUUGAUGUCUCCGACGAAGUUGGCUCAGGGCCCCUGAAGAUGCAUAUUCUGCCCUUGUAUUCAUUAUUACCUACGAGAGAACAAAUGCGAGUCUUUGAGGAUCCGCCCGAGGGCUCUCGUGCAAUUAUACUAGCGACUAAUGUUGCCGAGACAAGUUUGACGAUACCUGGUGUUCGCUAUGUAUUUGAUUCGGGGCGGUCCAAAGAGCGAAAAUACAAUAAAGAAACUGGCGUGCAAAGUUACGAGAUUGGAUGGAUUAGCAAGGCUAGCGCAAACCAGCGAGCUGGACGUGCUGGCCGAACUGGACCAGGUCACUGCUAUCGACUAUACUCUUCCGCCGUUUAUGAGCGGGACUUCCCCGAGUUUGCAGACCCCGAACUGCUGAGGAUGCCUAUUGAGGGUGUGGUGCUGCAACUGAAAGCAAUGCGCUUGCAACAUGUAGUCAACUUCCCCUUCCCUACACCACCAGAGCGGCAAAGCCUGGCUAAAGCAGAAAAGCUGCUUCAGUACUUGUCAGCAAUCACCGAAUCUGGCCAGGCGACUCAAAUUGGUCAGACUAUGGCAAAAUUCCCUCUGCCGCCUCGGUUUUCCCGAAUCCUUCUCGUUGGACACCUCCACGAUUGUUUACCGUAUACUGUGGCACUUGUCGCAGGGCUAUCUGUGGCCGAGAUAUUCAUCCCAGAAAGCCAAGCGAUACCAGCUCUGGCAGCAGACCAUGAACACGACUUCCGCACCAACCAGGACGUAGCUGCGGAGAACCAGCAAACCCAAGCGCGAAGAAAGUAUAACGAAGUUCACCGAAACUUCUGCUCGCUAGACGAUAGUUCCGAUGCCAUCAAGCUCCUCCAAGUCGUCGGAGAAUUCGCACACGACCCGACGGAACACUGGUGCGAGAACCACUUCGUGCGGUUCAAAGCGCUCCAGGAAGCCCAGAAGCUCCGCCGGCAAAUCACAAACCUGCUGCAAAAAGAUAUACCGGCAUUCGCCAACCUGACUUUUAAGGAGAAACUCGACCGACCUAGCCCCAAGCAAAUCACAGCCCUCAAGCAGAUGGUCGCCGCCGGGUUCAUAGACCAAGUUGCCAUCCGCGCGGACUUGGCCCCGACCCCUCCCGAAAUCUUCCGCAAGCCCCGCCGCGCCAUAGACGUCCCGUACGUGCCCCUCAAGCCCAUGGACGCGGACCCGCGCGACCCGCUCGCCGGCCUCGUGUACAUCCACCCGUCGUCCUCGCUCGCGCACCGCAGCCCCCAGGAGUGCCCCGAGUACAUCGUGUACGCGAACCUGCAGCGCGCCGCCGCCGACCCGUCCGGCCAAAAGACCCCCAAGACGCGCAUGCUCGCGCUCACGGAUAUCACGGGCGCGCAGCUGGCGGCGCUGGCCAAGGGGACGCCGCUGGUGUCGUAUGGUAAGCCGAUUAAGGAGGUCCCCAAGUCGGAUAAUACUAGGGAGUGCUGGGUCGUGCCUUAUUUGAGGGCUGAAGGGGCCGGCGGCAUGGGCUGGCCGUUGCCCGUUAGGAAGGUUAUGCAGAAGAAAGUCCCUGGGAAGGGCUGGGUUACGGAGUGAUUUAUGCGAGGGUAGCCACCUAAGUAUGUACCUCACCUAUACAUUAGGUACCUGGCUAGAGUUACAUAGGCUAGAGUUGGAGUUGGAGUUGGGUUAUGCGAUGCGAUUAGUUUAUAUUAGAACAAGCCGGAUUCUUUAGAAGUAAAGGGUAGAAAAAAAAAAGCGAAUU